AUGGGGGAAGUUAAGAAGCAGAAGCACAAUGGGAAGGGGAAGGAAGAAGUGGUAACAGCGAAGGGUGGAGAGGAUAACAUCAACCAUGAGAGUAAGAGCAGGGUCAUUACCGAUACUCGUUUCUCCUCUGUACAUUCCGACCCUCGAUUCCAGAGAGUUCCCAAGAAGCAAUCCAAGGUCUCGAUUGACUCUCGCUUUAAUCGUAUGUUCUCUGAUAAGCAAUUCUCUUCCUCAUCUGCUCCCAUCGACAAGAGAGGAAAACCUAAAAAAGAAACCUCAGAAAGCCACCUCCGCCAUUACUAUCGCCUCGAAGAUGAAGAACAACAAGAAGAAAAUCAACAAAAGCCUAAGAAGGAAAAGAUGGAAAAGAAGGAAAAGGAGAGUGAGAAGAAGAGUGAUUUGGGUAAAGUUGGACAUGGAGAUUCAAGCAGUGAAUCAAGUAGAGAAUCCGAAUCUGAAUCCGAAUCUUCGAAGUCUUCUUCGGCUGAAUCAGAGAGUGAUACCUCUAAUUCCACUUCGGAUACUGAUGAUGAUGAGGUUGAAGCUUAUUCUGAGGAUGAUGUUUCAAUCCAGGAGGAAACUAUACCGGAAAUUGAGAAGGAAACUCACAGACUUGCAGUCGUUAAUAUGGAUUGGAGUCAAGUGAAGGCUGUAGACCUCUUUGUGGUGCUGAGCUCAUUUCUUCCAAAAGGUGGACAGAUUUUGUCAGUGGCUGUCUAUCCUUCUGAAUUUGGGCUUAAGCGUAUGGAGGAAGAAGCAGUGCGAGGACCUGUUGAUCUAUUUGACAGUGACAAAGAACGAAGUGACGAUGAUGAAGAUGAUGAAAUUGACGAUGAAAAGUUGCGUGCAUACGAGAAGAGUAGGUUAAGGUACUACUAUGCAGUUGUGGAAUGCGAUUCAAGUGCCACAGCUGAUUAUCUUUACAAAGCGUGUGAUGGAGUUGAGUUUGAGAGGUCGUCAAAUGUGUUGGAUUUGCGGUUCAUCCCUGAUUCCUUGGAGUUUAAACAUCCUCCUCGUGAAAUUGUGACCGAGCCACCCACAAACUAUGAAGGUUUGGAUUUCCAUAGUCGCGCACUGCAACACAGUAAAAUUCAUCUUACUUGGGAUGACGAUGAACCACAACGUGCAAAGACCUUGAAACGGAAAUUUAAUGUUGAUCAGCUAGCUGAUUUGGAGUUAAAAGAAUUUCUGGCUUCCGAUGAUGGAGAAUCUGAAGAUGAUGACGAUGACAAUGAUGAAGCUUUUGAUGGUCAAUUUGACAAAAAACUUGAUAAACGUGAAAAGUAUCGUGCUCUCAUACAGUCUGGAGAUGGUUCAGAUGGUGAGGAGGAAGAGAAGGAUAUGGAGAUUACUUUUAAUACUGGCCUAGAGGAUGUAAGUAAGCGGAUUCUUGAGAAAAAGGACAAAAAGUCAGAGACUGUUUGGGAGACCUACCUCAGAAAGAGAAGUGAAAAGAAGAAGGCUAGGAAGAAGAAUACCAAGUACUCAUCAGAGGAUGACAGUAGUGAUACUGAUCGUGAAGUGCCUGAGCAGCCUGAUGACUUCUUUAUUGAAGAACCAUCACUGAGAAAUAGUAAAAAAGAAAAGCAGCAGCAGGGAACAGACAAGGAACAGGAAGCAAGUAGAGCCGAGCUUGAGUUACUUCUGGCUGAUGAUCAUUUGGGAGACCAGAGUCUGAAGGGAUACAAUUUGAAACUUAAAAAGGCUAAGGGCAAGAAAGGGAAAGAGAUCCCAAUGGCAGACAAGCUCCCAUCUACAGACUAUGACGAUCCACGUUUUUCAUCUCUUUUCACUUCUCCUUUAUUUGCGUUAGAUCCCACAGAUCCACAUUUUAAAAGGAGUGCAGCGUAUGCUCGGCAGAUGGCACAGAAGCAGCGAACGGGUGUCCAAGUAGAUGUUUCAGGCCGGAGGCAGAUGGAAUCAGGCAGGGAAGCUCAAUUGCCAUCCAAUGAUUUGGCAUCAACUAAAGAUGAUCAAUCAUUGUCCAGUAAUGUUCCGUCAGAGAAAAAGAAGCACGAGCUGUCUUCCUUAGUUCGGUCAAUUAAGAAGAAAGCCCAACAAGUUCAAUUGCCUAACAAUAUUCUGGCACCCAAGAAAUAUGAGCCGUUGCUGUCAGAUGGGAAAUCUAGGAAGAAAGAGAAGCACAGAUUAUCUGCCGCAGUUGAUUCAGUUAAGAAAAAAGCUAGAACAUAGUAACUGGUUCACUGGCUUGGGUGGAGUAUGCAAUUAUCAAUUCACAAUUUUGCAGAGACACUGAUUUUAUUCAUGUUAGGUGGCUUAAUUUUUGUGCAAUUCAGGUAAACCAGAGCUAAAUUAAAUCUA